UGGGGCAGAGUUCCUUUUGAUUGGCUCUGAAUGGCCUCCUUGAAUUAAUUGUGCAUGUAUUGUGUUUGUUUUUCUGUAGGCACAGACCAUGAAUUACGUGGGGCAGUUAGCCGGCCAGGUCUUUGUGACCGUCAAGGAGCUCUACAAGGGGCUGAACCCCGCCACCCUGUCAGGAUGCAUAGACAUCAUAGUUGUUCGCCAGCCCAACGGGAAUCUCCAGUGCUCCCCUUUCCACGUGCGCUUUGGGAAGAUGGGGGUCCUGCGCUCCCGAGAGAAAGUGGUUGACAUCGCAAUCAAUGGGGAAUCUGUGGAUUUGCACAUGAAACUGGGAGAUAACGGAGAAGCAUUUUUUGUUCAAGAAGCUGAUAAUGAUCAGGAAGUGAUCCCCAUGUACCUGGCCACCUCCCCCAUCCUGUCAGAAGGAGCCACAAGAAUGGAAUGUCAACUGAAAAGGAACUCUCUAGAUAGAAUAAGAAGCCUGGACACCAACAUGCCAGCCCAAGUUAUACCUCCCAGUGAGGCCCCUUCAAGUGGCUCUUUAGGAAAGAAGAGAAGGAAAAGGAGGAGAAAGUCCCAACUGGAUAGCCUGAAAAAAGACGACAACAUCAACACGUCUGAAGACGAGGACAUGUUUCCCAUAGAGAUGAGCUCGGACGAGGACAUGGAGCCUCUGGACAGCAGCAGAACUCUUCCUGAUGACAUACCUCCAUUCCAAGAUGACGUGCCUAUGGAAAACCUUUCCUCAGUCUCAAGUUAUCCUCAGUCGGCAUCAUACCCUAAUUCAGAUAGAGAGUGGUCACCUAAUCCAAGUAGCCUGGUAGAUUGCAAAAGGAACCCCCCUCAUCUUGCAGCUGCCGCCAGGGGAGGUCUUUCUAGUUCUUGCCCGCCACAGUCUGCCCACUUCCAUGCCUCGGAAAGGAAGCCAGUUGUGACGGGCUUCUUCUCUGAUGUGUCUCUGGAGAAAGAGUGGGUUCAGGUCACCGUUUCGACUUCUCCACACAAGAUGAAAGAUUCCAGCCCGUUGAACAGUAGAAAUACGUGUGAGAAAAUUCACUUUCAGGCCAUUCACAGUGAGUCUUCAGAUACCUGCAGUGACCAGUCACCAACAUUGGCUGGGGGGCCACUUUUAGACCAGAACAAGUCUCAGAUGGAAAUGCAGUUUGUGAGUGAAGAGGACAUGGAGGCCUUGGGAGCGACAGCCCCGCCUUUACCUAUGAUUGAAGAGCUCAAAGCCCCCUCUGCCGGUGUCAUGCAGACGGCGAACAAGACGGAUUCUCCUUCCAGGAGAAAAGAUAAAAGAAGUCGACAUCUUGGUGCUGAUGGCGUGUACUUGGAUGACCUCACAGAUAUGGAUCCUGAGGUGGCCGCCCUGUAUUUUCCCAAAAACGGAGACCCUUUGGGGCUCGCCAAACACGCCAGCGACAGCGGAGCCCGGUCAGCCAACCAGUCCCCGCAGUCCAUGGGCAGUUCGGGCGUUGACAGUGGCGUGGAGAGCACCUCGGACGGCUUGAGAGACCUGCCGUCCAUUGGUAUCUCCCUGUGCGGGGGCCUUGGGGACAACAGGGAGAUAACGCGAGAUGCGUUUUUGGAACAGGCCGUGUCAUAUCAACAGUUUGUGGACAACCCUGCUAUCAUCGAUGACCCCAAUCUUGUGGUAAAGAUUGGGAAUAAAUAUUACAACUGGACAACAGCAGCACCUCUACUCCUGGCAAUGCAGGCCUUCCAGAAACCUCUGCCAAAGGAAAGCAAGCCAGAGCAGUGCUUGGCUGGGAAGGGCCACAGUACUGGAGAGCAGCCGUCCCAGCUUGGCGUGGCCACGAGAAUCAAGCAUGAAUCAUCCUCCAGUGAUGAUGAGCAUGCAGCUGCCAAGCCGACGAACGCAGGCCACCUCCCUCUUUUGUCUAACGUCAGCUACAGAAAGACUCUCCGGCUCACUUCAGAGCAGCUG